AUGAAUAAAGAUGUAAUCGGAAGGGGAGCUUUUGGGCUUGUUUAUAAGGCAAAGUAUGAUGGCGAGACUGUUGUUGUGAAGAAACUGCUUGGAGAGUCUCUAGAUGAUGAAAAUGGCUUCAGAAAAGAGGCCAAACUCUUGAGCUCUAUUAGCCACGAAAACAUUGUUCUUUUCAAAGGGUUUUGUAGCUCCCCUUACGCGAUAAUGAUGGAGUACUUAUGUUUUGAGUUUUCGCCAUUUGAACUGUCUAAAGAGGUGAGCAAUUUGACUGAUUUUCUUAACUAUAUGGACAAAAUCGACGGGUUUGGUUAUUUUGAGGACAAGUUUUCGCUAAAGAUCGGCCAAGAAAUUUCUGAAGGUUUGGCGUACCUGCAUUCUAAAGAAAUCGCGCAUCGUGAUCUCAAGGCUAAAAACAUUUUGGUUAGUAACCAACAUUACUGUCAUAUAGCGGACGAGGAAAAGAAAAUGAAGUUAUUUUCAGAAAGGCCAAUUAUAUGCAAGCUAGCAGAUUUUGGCGAAAGCAGGUCCCAGCAGAUACAAACGGCGGCGGUUCAUUCCACGACAAAGAGGGUUGAUAGGUAUUUGUUUAAUAACUUUAAUUUUGCAAGGGGUUAUCAGAAUAUUUUCAUUUCAGAGAAUCUUACCCCAAAGUCCAGAAAAUGGCAUUUCAGAGACUCUAGCUUUAAAAAUUUUCUAGAGAAGCAUACCCCGGACCCCUCUAGAAUUCUACGAGGCUCUGACAACUUGUGCCUUGGGUGCUCGUACUAGUGGAGAGGUUUUUGACUUUUUGAAAUGGGAGCACCCUGCCAUAACGUUUCGAAAUAACCACACCCAUUUGCCACACCCAUUUGUCGGCAAAUGUUAUACUCACACCCCCGGAGUAUAUGGAAUGUAAUAAAUUAAUACUAAUACGGAGCGAAUGGUUUUUUUUCGGCGACUUGCGAUGAAUAGACCUUUUCGACAAUUACGUCACAACUACACUGUUUUCAACAUAGUACCACCUUAAAUGGAAUGGAUUUCAAUUUUUUUCUUACGGGCUAUGGGCAUAUAAGCAGAACAUCGUUCUUCAACACGUGCAUAAAAAAGAAUUUUGGAUUUUGACAAAUAAAUGUAGAAAUAAGCUUUAACACGGUUCCAUUUAAGGUGGUCCUAUGUUGAAAUGACGUAAUUACCGGAAGGUCUACUGCGGAGCAUCAGACCUCGUUAAUUUAGACUAGAGUAGAGCAAAAGUUUCCGGAUUCGUGAAAGUAUCCGUAUUCGUUGUUUUUCAAGUUUUUGGAGUUAUGAGGCGUUUGCACUACGACACUGUAACCGAAAAGAAUUUGGAUUACAUUACGGAGAAGGUUACGGGUUCAUUGAAAUUUCUGUUUGGACCUGUUUACAUAGUAAAUUAUCUCGGAUACAAUAUUUUCGGAUACAAAGUUUCUACAUUUUUUCCGGAUUCAAAGUUUCCAGAUACGACUCAAAACCGAGAUGAUUUCCUAUCGGAUUUGUCGCUGUAAACGGCAACAUGAAUCCGUUCCAAACAUUUUGGUAUCCUGACAAAUCCAGAAUCUUUUGCUCUUGUAAACAGAAUCUCUGGUAAUCCACUUUUCCUCACAGUCGAAAUACCAGUCAACCUAAAAUAACUGGGGCGGGAAACCGGCACGAGGUAGUCGUCAAGAAAUGUAAUUGCUGCGAAGUAGAACAUUAGUAUGUUACUGAGUUAAUUUCGACCAAUAAUUGCGGGACCCACUGAGAAUUUUCAUAAAAUACACAACAACUGUAACUCCGAAUAAAGACAACAUUUUUGAUUCAACGCUUCGAUUUUAUUUAGUCAUCAUCAGGUCGAAACGUUGAAUAAAAAAUGUUGUCUUUAUUCGGAGUUACCGUUGUUGUAUAUUUUACUGAGUUUCUUGCAUAAAGUUUAUGUGUGAAUUUAGCUAUUCAUUUUUCGUACUUAAAUAAAUUGCCAGAGGAACACCUGUGUAUAUGGCUCCGGAAAUCUUGGUGAAAUCCCGCCGCUUGAAAUCAGCCAACCUGGAAGACCUCAAGAAAGUUGAUGUAUGGGCACUUGGCAUGGUAAUGUUCAACCUAGUAAACCCGGAUUUGAAACACCCAUUUCAGUUAGAUCUUGUGCGAGACGCAAGCGCAAUAGAGCAAGUGGAAGAGUUCUUACGACUUGAGAAACAGUCUAGUGGAUCGAAUAAGUAUAAGACACUUCAAGAAACAAUCUGGCUCCCCAUUGCCAAAGUACAUAGAAAUUGCACAGUAGUCGAUCCAAUAAAACGUCCAACUGCUUUGGAGGUAGUACAAAUAUUCCAGUCUUUGCUAUGCAGCAAAAUCGAAGAAAAUGUAGCUGCGGGACAUAAUGAAGAUCUUGAGGAAGAAGAAGAUGGAAGUCUGAAUGGAAGGUAAUUAUAAGAUAUAUGGUUGGAGAGACCGGAUAUAAGAACCUACAUAGCUUUAAGGGAUGUAUCGGGCGAUACAUGCACAUAAAUUGUAAGGACUUUUUCCAUUUGACAUAUUACUAGACAAAAUAGUGUAUGAUUAACACGCCUGAUUUUACUUAGGCCAGAGUCAAACAUCGAACUUUUCAUGCGCCGAACCUAAUGCAAAUGAAGUGAAACAAAGAACUUAGCUCAUUAACAUUAGGUUCGGCGCAUGAAAAGUUGACGCUUAAUUGACCCUGGCCUAAAAUUAGUAGCUGAAAUUAACUUUUUCUGGCCGGGAACGAGGAAGCAAGCCCUCAAACUUCUAAAUUCCAAAUUGCUAAGAAACCCUCUUUAACCUUUACCUCAAAAUUACCGUCUAUUUUACAUAAUGGUGGGUGCGCAACUGCCACACCUGACCGAAAUUUACGGCUGUGUUGCUAAGUAUAAAGUUCAUCAAUUGGAGAAACACCAUGAUUGGAGAGUCCGUGGGAAUAAAGCCCGUUUUCCAUUAGGCGAAUUAAAUUGCGCGAUCGCGGAGCGAAAACUAAAUACAGCAAUAUGAUUGGUCAGCGAAAAAAUUCGCCGCGAAAAAGUAGGAAGCUAUCCAUCUUUUUAUUUGUUUGCUUCGCGCGAACAAAAUCGCAUAGUGGAAAACAGGCUUAAAGAUCUACUUCGAGAAACAUAAUUUGGAGAAGUGCGUAAACAAGUUUAAUUCUCUGGUUGACAAAAUAUUCUAUAUAAAAAAACGUCCACCUACUUUGAAAAUAUUACAGCAACUGCUCCAUUCGUUCAAACUCUUCUAUUGUUUGACGUUAGUAUUUCAAUCAGAACCUUCGCGUCAACUUUUGGAUUUAUAGUAACGUUCUGUUAUGGUCGCCGAAACGUCAUCUAAAAUCUUUCUUUUACCAUCAUGUUACAUGUUAAAGCAAAUGCUUUUUUAUCGCGGAUUAAAGCAAAUGCUUUUUUAUCGCGGAAUUAAAGUUAUUAAAAGUUCGCUUAUAUAUAACCUAACAAUAUAUUUCAGAUAUUGCCUUUAUUGGAUACGGAUUGGAACGUUUCUUUUUUGUUACUGUUUCGCUGUUACUCUCUUCGUCACUCUCCUCGUUAUGCAUAUAAUAUAUUAAUAUAUCAAGUCUCCUAAUUUAGCAACGACAAAGACAAGAAUCCAACACAAUACACAACGUGUAUCGACCUGACAGGCGAACCUUCAAGCAACAAUGAAGAGGUAAAUAUAUUAUUUCACAUCAACCUCUUCUCUACUCUACUCCCGUAGGCAAAUCUUCUAAUGUAUCUCGUCAUUUUACAUCCCUUGCAUGCACUGUAAUUUCUGCAUUCAACCAAAUCAAUGGUUUAUCUUUACAUUGGAGAAAUCUCAAAUGCUUGUUGCGAGUUGCUGCCUGGAACAAGUUGUUAUCAUCUUGUAUCAAGGUUGAUAAAGUAAACAGACUUGUUCACUUGCAACUACUUAUUCCAACUUAAAAAAUCUGAUAUAGUCUGUUCGCAACACUUUGUUAACAAGUUGAUAACAACAAUCACGUAGCAAGUUAUUACAAACAGCCUGUAUCAGGCUUGCUGAAACAAGUCGUUGCACGUCUGUUGAACCCGAGCGAACACAUCUAUAGAUAUCGGCUUGACAACAACUUGCAAUAAGCCUGUGAGACUUCUGGCUGUAGCGUUUCAUACAGUCUUUACCUUCACUUUAUUCAUGCGAGUUUUGUAACUUUUGCAGCAACAACGAUUAAAAGUACUCACGAGGAAAGAGAAAACUUGUGCAGUUAUUGACUUGACGUGUCAUGGAGGCACAGAUCUAAACUAUGCAAGGUUAAAAGAUUUAAUCACAAAUACUUCAACACUGGCCUGAGUUCUGGCCGAUUUGACUUUUUGAACCGCCACUUUCAAAUUCUUGAAGCCAACAUAUUGUCAUUAUACAAUUACUUUAUGGUUUCCAUGUUUAGAUGGCCUGAUCCAAACACGCGAGAAUGUUGCGAGAGUUAAGAAAAGCGCGCGAAACACGAACCGAAGGCGAGUGAUUUUGCGCGCUUUUCUUCACUCGAGCAACAUUCCCAAGUGUUUGGAUCAGGCCAUCCAAACAUGGAAACCAUAAAGUAAUUGUUUUAUAAAAUAACAACAACACGAUGGUCUUCCGUGUUUGGAUGGCCUGAUCCAAACACGGGUUUCGACCAAUCAGAACACGCGUUAUAUACAUGUUAUUUUAUAAUAAUAUUUGUGAAUUUAAUUUCUAACGCGAAAAAAAAACAUGAAACCUAAACAGAACGAACAUUUUCCUGCCAUGAUGGAAGACCAGUUGCAUGCAUGAUAUUAUAAACAGGCUAAUUGUAGGGUAUUGUUGCAAAAUUAUUCCUUUGGUUGUUUUAGAAACAACGAGACGGGAAUAAUGAGAGCUAGUUGAUACAAGCCAAUACAGUGCGUUGGCGAAGAAUCCGGCUAAAACAUGAAUCAAACAAAAAUCCUAUUUAUAUCUGAAUUCAACAUAGCAUUAAGCAUAUUAUGCUCGUUUGCGAGGAAUUUCUGUGUCUUUCUACAGUUAUAUUUUGCUAAUUUCAAUGAUUUUCUUAUAUGUGGUGUUUUUAUGCAGGAAUAAUGAAAGAAGGAUGAGUGUGAGCAGUGCCAGGUAAGUCAUUCCACCGGCCUUAGCAAACUCACUCUUGUGACCUCCAAUAAUUAGUCUCGGACCGGAUUUUAACACUUAAUACGCAUGUAGGACUUCAGAAAUACAAUAAGUUUUCUAAAUAUUUAUUUUGCUUUCAAAGAGCUCAGGAGCCGAUAACAACUGGUGUUCAAGAGAAAGAUGAAGACGAACCACCAAGUUACGUUGCAGAUAGCUAUGAUAGCCAUGACGAAAAUUCUGGUAGGGCAGAUAAUGACCCAUCACCGGCAAGGCAAGUAAUAGUGUAGUAUAGCAAUAAAAAAUAAUCAUAUACAAAUAGCAUCAUUAAUUUAAUUUUUGAAUAAAGUUUCCAUUAUUAUAGAUAUUAUAAAAAUAACAAUAACAAUAGAAAAAAUAUUAAUAGUGAUCAGUAUACAUAGUAAUGGCAAUAACCCUUAAUCUUACAUCUUGGAUUAAUUCCCUGGCAUUCGCUGGUGCCGCAUUCGAAUGUCAGGAAAACAUUUUAGAGAUUUAAACCUUCGACAAUAAUUUUAUCUUUAGAAAGAAAAGACGUCGCUCUACAGUUGCAGCCGAUACAACUGAAAGUUCAUCGGAAUCGUACACUGUACUGGACAAGAUUGCGUAUUACAACGGCGAUCUUCUGCUUCCGAUUUACUCGACUAAACAAAACGUCUUGUCCCCACUUGAAGUGAUUUGCCUUCUUCAUAACGUUGGAGAAUCCGUUAGCAAUGAACUUGUCUGUACUCGGCAGCCGUUACGGAUUGAACACAACAGAACAUUUAUCGUAGAUCUUGAGUCGCUUAAAUCAAGCGAAGACGUAAAAUGUGACGAUGUGGGCCGCUGGAGGAACAACAGUUGUAAUAAAUACUAUUUCCUGAAAGAUGAUGAGACGCGGGAUUGGAUUCAACUGGAAAAAGAAGACAUCGAUAUUCAAGUCGAUGUCGUGACGUUGAAACGCAUGUAUUUUAAAUUGCAGGAUGAUGAAAAAUUCCGAAGACGAAUUGACACAGCAGUGUGUGAGUGGAAAUUAUUUAAUUAGUUUAGUCUGGAUAAUAGUUCCAUUGCUUUUGAGUACUAAAUCGCGCAAAACGCCAAAAGAUUGGCUCUCCUGUUUCGCUGUUAAAUGCAAGCAGCAAGUCAAAACGAUAAACAAUGUCCGUUGAAAAUAUAAUUGCCCAGCAAAUAGAUCGUAAAAAGGCAUAUGAAUUGAAUAUAUAAAAAUAUUUUAUUGAAACAUUGAGUAACGUUCCGUCAUAUUAAAGGCGACAUCAUCAAACUCAAUACAGUUAAGCUAUUGUACGAUGAUGUCGCUUGUAAUGUGACGAAAUUAUUAAAUUCUUUUAAUAUACUCAUAUCGAUGUUUGAAUAUGUAUUUUUUUUAUUAAUUAUGUGCCGGGCAAUAAUAUUUUUAACUACUGUAGAUUUAAUUUUUUGCCAAGUGUUCCUAUCGAUAAUGCCUCGAGGCUCGGCAACAAACACUAGCUUUUUAUCCAAAAAUUCCUCUUAGAUGAAUUGCGUUCAUAACCGAAUUGCGUUCAUAAACUCUUUGCGUAUAUAAAUUUGGCAUCUACGUCAUUGCAUUUGUAUCGAGACUAGCACGAGUGAAAUACAAUGCAUGGGAAAUAGUAUGCUGCCUCGCUGGAAUUCAACAAUGACCAACGUGAGGUUUAAGAUGAAAACCAUGUUCUUUAUCCGCAUAAAACGAUGUGUUCAGUAAAACGGUGCAUAUACUGUAUGCCUUUAAAUUUAAUUUUUAAUACAAGUACUUUGUUUUCCCACUGUUAUAGUGCCCAAUGGUGAACCCUAUCGCUAUUGUAUGGUUCAGUAUGCGUUUAAAGACGGAAUUGAACACCCUAUCGUAAGAACACAACAUGGAAAUUCGAAAACACCCACGAUGAAACCGUACGUUCGAACCUGGUCCAGUACAAAGGAAGCCAUGAAGAGUGCAUCUAAAGAAUUAAACCCUCGUGAAGUUGUGCACAAGGUCGUGAGAGAUGAUCUUGGAGGUCUCGCAAGUUGUUCUAUCUAUGGGCAAAUACCACGUAAUCGACAACAAGUAAAGGACCUAGCGAGAAUUCAAAAGGGCAAAAGUCACAAGAAAAGUCUAUCAGGAAAUGACGAACACGAUGAUCCUUGGUACCGUAUUUUAGGAGAAAGCAAGAAACAGGCUGCCAACAAGAAGACGGCUUUUAUCAGAGAUGUUCGUGUAGCUCCCGAGCCAUUAUGUGUCUUGACGACUGAUCGACAACUUAACGACCUUAAGCGUUUUUGCUGCAACCCAAUCGAGUAUCGCCCGUUCACAGUUGAUCCAACCUUCGACAUCGGAAAGUAUAACGUGACCCCAAUAACAUACCAACAUUUGUUGCUGGAAAACAGACGGGACGGAAAACAUCCAUCACUUAUUGGCCCAGUUCUCUUGCACGAGAAAAAAACAACCGAGACGUAUUCAACUUUUAGUGGAACAUUAAGAACCCUUGAACCAGAAUUACGUGAUGUAAUGGCAUUUGGCACUGAUGAUGAAGAAGCUCUUAUUCAAGGUUUUAAGAACAGUUUCGAUCGAUCGGUACAUCUCCUUUGUGAACUUCAUCUGAAAAAGAACGUAGAAAAAAAACUACAAGAUAUGGGGAUUGUCGGGGAGGCUAAAACCAACAUUGUCGCGGAUAUCUUCGGAAAAUCGACUGGUACAGUUCGGGAAAGUGGCUUGACGGAAGCGGAAGAUGAAGAUAAGUUCCAAAACAUGCUCCAGAAUUUGGAACAGAAAUGGUCAUCGAUACACAAAGAUGGCGCAGCGUUUCACAAAUGGUUUGAAGCACAGAAAAGUAAAGAGUUCGUGAUGUCCGUCAUUAACCCAGUUCGUCAAAGAGCAGGGCUUGGUUGUCCACCUGAACGAUUCACCACCAACCGAUCCGAACAGACCAACAGACAGAUCCAAGAAUUCGUAAAGAAAGAUUCGAAUGGAAAGAAGAGUGUGGACGAAUUCUCGUUUUGUAUAUCACUAGCAAAACUAGUGAAUACACAAAACCAAGAAGUGGAAUUGGCAGUGGCGGGGAGUGGAGAAUUUAAGAUUAGAGAAAAGUUCAGAUUUCUAGAAGUGUCACCGGAUAAGUGGGCGAACAUGCAAGAUGGGCAGAGGAUGAAAGCGUUGGCGAAAGUGCACGCGGUCACCUUGGAACAAUCGUCUGCCUCGUCCACGGAUCGCAUAAGCAACAUUUUAAAUUCACGUGAACAACCACUCACACAAGAAAUUCUUCGUGGUGGCAUUGACUGGAUUCCUCGAGCACUUGUUUCUACUAUGGUUAACAAGGCCAUCACUCUGAUGACAACUCCGGAGGCAAUAACAAACCAAUCUAGGGACACGUUCGUAGUGGCGUCUUCGUCCGACCCUCGAAAGCCCCAUAUUGUAAAUAUCUUCCCCAAAGGCAAAACCGACUGUUCAGAUUGUCCUGGGUUUAAAGCAUCGUCACUUUGUAAGCAUACAAUCGCGGUGUUUGCAAAAUUAAGGCGAAUGGAUGAAUUCAUUAGUUGGCUCGUCCGUACGAAAAGAGGCAAACAAGGCAUCAAUUUUUCUAAGGCCAUUACAUAUGGAAUGCCAGAGGGAAGAGGAAAGAAAGGAAGUGUUGCUCCAAGAAAGAGAGGAGGAAAAGUAAAAACAACAACGAUGGUGAUACCGCGUGUCUCUGCUGUUAUCCCGGAGCCUUUCACCUUCCACCAAACAUCCAUUCCACUUUCAACACCCUCCUUCACCCAGCUCUCCUCUCCUUACCAACAGCUGCUGUUACCACCUCCGCUAACACAUGACCGCAACUUUCAGCCAAUGGUUGAAAGAUCUCAUCAAGAUAAUCCAUUAAGAGCACCAUCACACCCACCUCAAAUGCACCCCACAAUUUCGAGAGACCAGCCAUCCAGUUUAAUGUUACAACCAUCUGCAGCUCAUACCCACCCAACAGUGCCUGUAGACCAACAAGCCAAUUUAAUGUUACGACCACCUGCAGCUCGAACCCAUCAAACAGGUUCAGGAAACCAGCCAGCAGAUUUUAUAUCCGAACCACCUCCACGUUUGGUGCUACAAUCACCUGUUUUACCGGCAUUUGUUCGUCAACCAACACCCUUUAGUGGCACAACCAACAUCCGUCCGCAAACACAAGAAAUCAGAUUCCCAAAUCCAAAUCCUGGUCAGUUUUUGGUGUACUUAUUGCAGUUUUGUCCUUGGAAAACAUCCAUGUGCUUCGGAUGUGGUAAUUCACUAAAGCAAAAUGACAGCAUACCUGAAGCGCCUCACGAUUUGGUAAUCGUAUCUAGAAUGUUGAGAGAAUGGUUGUAUCAAAAGAAAAUGGCAAAUGUGUACUUCCACUGCAACAACACCUGCGUGAAACGCAGUGAACCAAAUUUCAAUGGACGUCUAUGCAUAAUACUUCCAGAACUUAAGCCUCAUCUUCAGUUAGCUCACAAGCAGCUUUUGAUCAACAAUAUUGGGUUAUACUGUCAUUAG